UUGAUAAAAAGGAAUGUCGUGGGGACUUUUCUUUUCUGCUUUGGAGGCCCAGGCUCAAGGCAAAUUAUAAGUAGGGAACCAAUCUGAGGGAAAGACAUGUGAACAGAGUUAAGAUACCAGGUCCUGGGAGCGACCAGCAGCCCCACCUGAAGUCCGCCUGCAACUCUGACAAGCUCAGGUGCUUGUUUUAAGGAAAGGGGCUACUAGAUUCUUACGAACAGGGAGCCUAGGUAGGAGAUGAAACAAGGACUCCCCAAAAUAGGUCAUCAGAGGGAGGAAAACUGAUGGAGAGCACAAUAUGCUCUGAGCGUUUUUCAUGUUUUUAAGCUUUUAAAUGAUUUCUUCAAGGCCGAGCAGCAGCAGCAAAGGUGUGGUUUAAUGGAUUAAGAGGGUUUUUGCUGACACCUAGAAUGAAGUUACUCUAUUACUAAUCAAGCCGAGAGAAGGCCCACUAUGCCCCCGUUUAUCAUCCUUUCCCAGUUCCUUUUUGCUGGUCACAAAACGAUGCUCAUCAAUCCCACCUAAAGCAGGAGGCCGGGAGCCCAGCCUCUUGCAGAAACAGCGAGGGUAUAACUGCCCUCCAGUUCUGCCCCCAAGACGAAGGAGGACUCUUGGAAGCCAAGAAAGGUUUAAGAAGUCUCUCUGGAUAGAGAGCAGUGCCCAGGGAGGAAGCCCUUCGCCGGCAGAGCGGGGUCCGAGGACGAGCUGGAGAGGACAGCGGCGCGAUGGGCCUGCUGCAGGGCCUGCUCCGAGCCCGGAAGCUGCUGCUGGUCGUCUGCGUCCCGCUCCUGCUGCUGCCUCUGCCCGUUCUCCACCCCAGCAGCGAGGCCUCGUGUGCUUACGUGCUGAUCGUGACUGCUGUGUACUGGGUGUCGGAGGCAGUGCCUCUGGGAGCUGCAGCCCUGGUGCCGGCCUUCCUCUACCCAUUCUUCGGAGUCCUCCGAUCCAAUGAGGUGGCGGCGGAGUACUUCAAGAACACCACGCUGCUGCUGGUGGGGGUCAUCUGCGUGGCGGCUGCCGUGGAGAAGUGGAACCUGCAUAAGCGCAUCGCUCUGCGCAUGGUCUUGAUGGCGGGAGCCAAGCCGGGCAUGCUGCUGCUCUGCUUCAUGUGCUGUACCACGUUGCUGUCCAUGUGGCUGUCCAACACCUCCACCACCGCCAUGGUGAUGCCCAUCGUGGAGGCCGUGCUGCAGGAGCUGGUCAGUGCUGAGGACGAGCAGCUCGUGGCGGCCAACUCCAACACCGAAGAGGCCAAAUCCAUCAGUCUGGAUGUAAAGAACAGCCAACCUUCUCUGGAACUCGUCUUUGUCAAUGAAGAGUCCACCGCAGACCUCACCACUCUGAUGCACAAUGAGAACCUGAAUGGUGUGCCUUCGAGCACCAACCCCAUCAAAACUGCAAACCAACACCAGGGCAAGAAGCAACACUCAUCCCAGGAAAAGCCACAAGUCCUGACCCCCAGCCCCAGGAAGCAGAAGCUGAACAGAAAGUACAGGUCCCACCAUGACCAGAUGAUCUGCAAGUGCCUCUCCCUGAGCAUAUCCUACUCUGCUACCAUUGGCGGCCUGACCACCAUUAUCGGCACCUCCACCAGCCUUAUCUUCCUGGAACACUUCAACAACCAGUAUCCAGCCGCAGAGGUGGUGAACUUUGGCACCUGGUUCCUCUUCAGCUUCCCCAUAUCCCUCAUCAUGCUGGUGGUCAGCUGGUUCUGGAUGCACUGGCUGUUCCUAGGCUGCAAUUUUAAAGAGACCUGCUCUCUGAGCAAGAAGAAGAAGACCAAAAGGGAACAGUUGUCAGAGAAGAGGAUCCAAGAAGAAUAUGAAAAGCUGGGAGACAUUAGCUACCCUGAAAUGGUGACUGGAUUUUUCUUCAUCCUGAUGACCGUACUGUGGUUUACCCGGGAGCCUGGCUUUGUCCCUGGCUGGGAUUCUUUCUUUGAAAAGAAAGGCUACCGCACUGACGCCACAGUGUCUGUCUUCCUUGGCUUCCUCCUCUUCCUUAUUCCAGCGAAGAAGCCCUGCUUUGCGAAAAAGAAUGAUGGAGAGAAUCAGGAGCACUCACUGGGGACCGAACCCAUCAUCACUUGGAAGGACUUCCAGAAGACCAUGCCCUGGGAGAUUGUCAUUCUGGUGGGGGGAGGCUAUGCUCUGGCUUCUGGUAGCAAGAGCUCUGGCCUCUCUACAUGGAUAGGGAACCAGAUGUUGUCCCUGAGCAGCCUCCCGCCAUGGGCUGUCACCCUGCUGGCAUGCAUCCUUGUGUCCAUUGUCACUGAGUUUGUGAGCAACCCAGCAACCAUCACCAUCUUCCUGCCCAUCCUGUGCAGCCUGUCUGAAACGCUGCACAUUAACCCCCUCUACACCCUGAUCCCAGUCACCAUGUGCAUCUCCUUUGCAGUGAUGCUGCCUGUGGGCAAUCCCCCUAAUGCCAUCGUCUUCAGCUAUGGGCACUGCCAGAUCAAAGAUAUGGUGAAAGCUGGCCUGGGAGUCAACGUUAUUGGAUUGGUGAUAGUAAUGGUAGCCAUCAACACCUGGGGAGUUAGCCUCUUCCACCUGGACACUUACCCAGUAUGGGCGAGGGUCAGCAACAUCACUGAUCAAGCCUAAUGCAAGUACACAAACUGGCCCAACCACAGGAGCUGCCAGUACCCAGCAGAAUCUGGACCACAGGCAAAGAAAACCACUAGGACCACCAGGAGCACACAACCCCAGACCCACGCCGGAGGGCAUCCCUCCAACAGAAGAUUCCACCACCUCAAGCGAACUGCAGGAAUCCUCCAACAACCACAAACACAUGCUUAGCUGUUAGUGUCUUCUUCUCGCCCUCAGCACCACAGCUCAAGAAAACCUAAAGUUUCAAUACAACCAUAGGCUCACAGAAAAAGAAAAUAAAAAUUAAGUUAAAAAAAGAAGACAAAGAAAACCUAAAAUUGUAUCUAGUGUUUGUAAUCCAUUCAUUCUGAAGACAGGAAAAGAAGGCCUGUCUUACUUGCCUUCAGAGGCUAAGCCGUGCAAACUCACUAGGUUUUAUGUUAUUUUUAAUACCUUCUUAGGAGUGGAAGAUACCCAAGCCAUCCUACCAAGGCAGAGUGAAACCAGUGACAUCUUUUUUGGGGGAAACCUCACCCAGAACUUGAAACCUAAUUGUCAGCUCCUCUCUCUUGCUCUUUUUUUUUUUUUUUGGAGAUGGAGUCUUGUUCUGUUGCCCAAGCUGGAGUGCAGUGACACGAUCUCAGCUCACUGCAACCUCCACCUCCCAGGUUCAAGCGAUUCUGUCUCAGCCUCCUGAGUAGCUGGGAUUACAGGCAAGUGCUACCAUGCCCAGCUAGUUUUUUGUAUUUUUAGUAGAGAUGGGGUUUCACCAUGUUGGCCAGGCUGGUCUCCAACUCCUGACCUCAGGUGAUCCACCUGACUCAGCCUCCCAAAGUGUUAGGAUUACAGGCAUGAGCCACCAUGCCCGGCCAUCAGCUCCUUUCUCUUAAGUGCUUCUAUCCUAAGUUCCCUCCACAAGAAGGCGUUCUUAGUAGGUCUUCUUCAUGGCAAUCAGUACUCUUUCAUCACUACUUUGAUUCCCUGUUAAGCAUCUCUCUUCAAUGGCUCCCCUUUACCUUGGCACCAAAUUCCCGUAAAGAUAUAGUGUUCCCUUUCAGAAAAAGGCUGGUGUUGUUCUAUUAGUCAAAGGAAAGGGAAGUCGGCCGGGUGCGGUGGAGGCAGAGGCUGCAGCGAGCUGGGAUCGGACCAUUGCACUCCAGCCUGGGCGACAGAGCGAGGCUCCGUCUCAAAAAAAAAAAAAAAAAAAAAAAGGAAAGAGAAGUCAAGAAAGAAGAUACAUUGAGAUUAACAUCUCUCUCUCCACCUGUCACUAACCACAAAUCUAUUGCCUUGGUUAAGUUUUGGGAGGGAGGGAAAACUUUCCUACCAGUCUUAUAAGGGACACCAAAACUAUAAUUAAGACCACAGCACUAUUAUUAUAUUACACUGGCUUGCUUCUGGAUAUAAUAAGUAGUUUGUUCCUGAGAAAACAAAGUACUAAGUAGUAGCCAAUGGUCCAAACACAUCUGUCACUUCCUACACAUCCCUACAUGAGCCCCUUGAGGGAGAAGAGCUGUCUAUGCCUCUUGAAAUCCCCCAGCAACUUCUACAAUGUAGUAAGCUGUAAGUGCUCAAUAAAUGUGUCCCAUGAGAAAAAA